AUGUAUAUUUACAAAGGCCUCGAUGUCGUGACUGCGAAAGCCUCCGCCAAAGAACGAGAGAUGGCGCCACACCAUCUCCUGGACAUUCUGGAGCCACAUCAGAUGUUCACAGUCGUAGACUUUAGAAACAGAGCACUUAAGAUUAUAGACAACUUAACAGAACAAGGAAAAAUACCGAUUGUGGUUGGUGGAACAAACUACUACAUAGAAUCAAUAGUCUACAAAAUCCUAGUUGAAAAUAUGGAUGAUGGUGAAACCUUACUUUGGGAUAAAUCGAGGCGAAAAAGGAAUAUGGGAAUGGUAGAGAAUGUUAAAGAAAUAGAAGAUAAACCACAACUACUAGAAGAUGAGAACACAGAAAAUGUCAUGGAUUCUGAAAGCAGAGAAGAUCUCGUAAACUUAAAAAGUACUGAACGUCCGGUAGAAACUAAAAACGAAGAUCUCGCAGAACAUAAAAGCGCAGAAGAAUUUACAGAUUUAUCAGGCAUUAAAAGCACAGAAGAAGUGUCAAAACUUAGAAAUACAGAAGAUCUUGAAGAAAAUAUUGAAGAACCAUCAACAUCUGCUCCAGUCAAAAUAGAUUUUUCCAACUUCCAAAUAACCAAAGAACAAUUGCAAAGAGAUUAUGAGAAUGAAGCUAUUUUUACAAAUGAAGAGAUUCAUGCUAAGUUGUCUGUGAUAGACCGACAGAUGGCGCGCCGGUUACAUCCUAAUAAUAGAAGAAAAGUUCUGAGCGUCUAG